AUGAUCGUUGUAAUCUGCGGGUUACUCGGUACUGCCGCUAUACUUCUCAUUGGUACCGAGAAGAUGCAGAAAAUACCAUUCACCAUCUCUCUAAACAACAGCUUUAAACAAAGUAAAUGGCCAAAGAAUACACUUGUCGUUAUUCCAGCAAUAUGGAAGGAAAUCGAUUGGAGUAAUCGCACAAAUUGGCCCUCUUGGCUUCGUGAAGGACUCGGCUGGUCUAACACAAAUCCACGAUCAUAUUAUAUUCAUCUAUAUCAGCGCAUGGAUCCAAAUUCGACGAUUCCGUAUGAUUGGCCUUAUUGUCCAAAUGUUCAUGAAGAAACUGGUAUCUAUCUACAAUUCAUUCGCGACUACUAUCAUGAUUUACCUGAUAAAAUGUUGUUUAUACAUGGAAAUCCAUUUAUUCACACUAGUUAUAAUCCUAUCCAAUCUGCUCUAUGCGUUCGUGACAAUGUUCACUUUGCUAGCGUAAAUGAUGUCAGAGAAUGGAUUCAGAAGCGACCAUGGACGUAUUGGCCUCAAGAUCCAGAUGACAAAGUCGCAUUAAUGUACAAGUGUGCCAAGCGUAUACUGACCUUACUCGGUUAUGAAGCCGAAUUGAUACUAAAUCCAACGUCCAAGACACCCAAAGAUGAAAAUUUGAUCUCAGGCUUCUGCUGUGCUCAAUUCUAUGUCACGAAACAACGUAUUCAUCACUAUACUUAUGAACAAUGGCUAUCGUUGUAUGACGCCAAUUUUGAGCCUUUUUGCACAACUCCACGCGAAAAUGAACAGCUUGGAAAAGGAAUUCAAUGGUUUGGAGGGACUCUCGAACAUACUUGGCAUGUUAUUCUUGGACUUUAUCCAGUAGAUGCACCUGCGCCACUAAUAAAAACUGAGAUUGAUCGAUGUCAAUGGUUUCGUCCGUCGUGCAAAGGAUCACCUUGUACUCGCGAAUGA